AUGAAGGACCUGCUCACCGCCCAGAGCCAAGCCUGCUGGAAGGAGCGCAUCAGGAAGGAGACUGUCGCCCGCGCCACCUGGAAGGUCAACCAUGGCCACAAGUACGCCAAGGAGAGGCCCCGGCCAGGGAAGCGGCCCCAGCAGCAGGCCGUCUUCCAUCCAGCCCUGGGAGGGGGGUCCCCGCCUGCCCCCGGCUCCCCUGACGGAAGGACCGGAAGGACCAGACUGCCAGAGACGGAGGGGGUCGGAGCCCAGCCACCCGGGGGAGUGGGAGACCAGGAGGCCCGAAGAGCAGCGCGGGCGCCCGCAGGCCAGACCAAACCGGAGACCUUAGAAAUGAGGCCGGUGCCCCUGAACACCCUGCAGCUGCUCUUCCAAGGCGUCUCUCACGACGGCCAAGGCCGGGCCUUGUACCUCCGGGAGCGGAGCCGGCAGAAGCCCGAGGACAAGUUUCAGUACCCCAUCUUGUCCUCCUGGGAGUACGGCUGGCACCUGGGGGAUGCUGUGAAGAACUCCAGGACUUCGAUAUAUGCCAAAUGCCAGUCCAUAGCAACCACCUUUCAGAGCAAAAACGGCGUCUUCUAUGUUCCUCAGCGAACAGACCAGCUAAUGUGA